GAAACACGACUUUGGAAACACCCAGAUUGCAUAAUGCCCUGGCCAGAGCUGCCACCCACAGCCCUGGCAGCAAUAAAAAGGAGAAGGAGCAGGAGCAUUGGCAGAGUCCUGCAAGGAGCAUAUCCACAGGUACAUCAGCUGUCUGCCUGCUGCAGAGAUGGUGCAAGUAACUCCCUUUCUGCUGGUGCUCAGCCUGGCCCUGGGGGCUCAGAGCUUCUCUCCAAGAAGGUGCAACCUGAUUGGGAACUGGGUCAAUGACCUGGGCUCCAGAAUGGAAAUCUUGGCUGUGGAUGGAGAUGGUGGCUUCUCCGGCUCCUACCUCACGGCUGUAACAGCCUCCACGAACGAGAUCCAGAAGUCACCACUGCAAGGAUCUCUGCAACGCAAAAACCAGAAGGGCCAGCCCACCUUUGGCUUCACCGUCAACUGGACCUUUUCAGACUCCAUCACCGUUUUCACGGGACAGUGCUUCUUGGACAAGGAUGGAAAUGAGGUUUUGAAGACCAUGUGGCUUCUGCGGUCACGCGUGGAUGACAUUGAAGAUGACUGGAAAGCCACCAGGGUCGGCACCAACAUCUUCACCCGUGUGCGGCGGCAGAUGGAGUGAGGAGGGCAGCAGUGGGGCUCCCAGGCUGGCAGCAGCACCCAGCGGGGGCACUCCCCACUCCUGCCCCAUGACUUGUUUCUCCCAAUAAACCCUUGUUGCAAAUAUCCACUGUCUCCUGUCAUGACGUUGAAAAACGUAGAAUAUAUAAAAAA